CAAAUUCACUCUUGCCGGAAUUAUGUACAAACUUUUAAAGUCACUUACGGGAACCCCGGGUGCACUGUCAGAGUUACAUUGACAGUGAACUUGGAAUUUAACACGACUCUUCAGCAAAGGAGAUUCGACUAAACGACGAAGAAUAUUUGAUGGCAUCGAUUUUUGGAAGGUUACGCGCAUGCGUAGCCUUACCCCGGAUCCGGUGUGUAUCAACAUGUGGCACUCGCAGCGACACAAAGUCCCGGAUCCUUUUCAGUGCCAAUCAUCUUCUGCGAUCAUCCCAAAUUCUAUCAACAAGAUAUUGUUCAACAUCUGUCAUUAUGACCGACCUUACGAACAACCCUGCCGACUCGGGUGACUUCCGUCUUCCCCUAGACGUUAAACCAACCCAUUAUGACUUGACUAUCAAGACUGACCUAGAAAACUCAAUAUUCGAGGGUGUGGUCAAGAUCAACCUCGAUGUCAAGAAGGAAACUUCUACUAUCGUCUUCAACUCAGCCGAUCUUAAGUUGAAUGACGCGUCAUUAUAUUCCGAUGACCUCAAGAUCAAGCAAGUCGAUCCUUCUCCGUCUCUCGACGACAAAGCGGAACGCUGCGUACUUUCUUUUCCGACCCCUCUGCCUGCCGGCUCAAAGGCAACACUGUCCAUUGCCUUCUCUGGGGAACUGACCGGGGCUAUGAUGGGGUAUUACAAGAGCUCGUUUGAGCACGAUGGAACCAAGAAGUACUACUCAUUGACUCAGUUUGAACCCACCGCUGCCAGGCGUGCCUUCCCGUGUUGGGAUGAACCUCUUCUCAAGGCGACCUUUGCGGUUACUAUGAUAUCACGCGCUGACACGGUCAAUCUGGGCAACAUGUCUGUUGCAUCGGAGGAAAUCUACGAACCCCAAACGACCAAAGUAGACGAUCCUUCUUUGGAGGCGCUCUUUUCGGCAUUGACAACUCAAGACAGCCCCGAAGCGCAAUGGAAGAUUUCCAAGUUUCAGACUACACCACCCAUGUCCACUUAUCUGGUUGCAUUUGCCAAUGGAUGUUUCGCGUACCUGGAAAGCUCUUAUAAGAGUCCUUUGAGUGGGAAGAUCCGUCCCUUGCGCAUCUACUCUACUCCUGAUGUAAUUCACCAGGCCCAGUAUGCCCUCGACAUCAAAGCAAAAGUCCUCCCCAUCUACGAGGAAAUUUUUGACAUCGAAUAUCCCCUCCCAAAGCUGGAUACUCUGGUGGCCCAUGAUUUUGACGCAGGUGCUAUGGAGAACUGGGGCCUCAUCACUGGACGUACCAGCGCCUUCCUCCUUGACCCCAAGAAGGCAGACGUGGCUGCAAAGAAACGAGUGACUGUGUUUCAGUCUCAUGAAGUCGCUCAUAUGUGGUUUGGUGAUAUCACAACCAUGGAAUGGUGGGAUUAUCUAUACUUGAAUGAAGGAUUUGCAACCCUGAUGGGUGAAGUCAUCGUUGUUGGUGUGUACCCGGAAUGGAAGGUCGACAGCUCGUUUAUAUCCGAGCAUUUGAACGAUGCGCUGGAUCUUGAUGCAAAACUAUCUUCUCAUCCGAUCGAAGUGCAUUGUCCCGAUGCCAACCAGAUCAACCAGAUUUUCGACUCCCUUUCUUAUGCCAAAGCAGGCUCUGUUCUGCGCAUGUUGUCCAACUUUGUCGGCGAGGAGCGCUUUCUAAAGGGCGUUUCCAUCUACCUCAAAAAGCAUCUAUAUGGGAACACUGUCACCAAGGACCUGUGGCAAGGCAUCUCGGAGUCCACUGGGAUAGAUGUGCCGAAGAUCAUGGAAAAUUGGAUUUCGAAGAUCGGCUUCCCUGUCCUCACUGUCACUGAGAACGGCAAUGGUAUUCACGUCCGCCAGGAUCGCUUCCUGGAAUCGGGGCCUGCAGAAGACAGGGACAAUCAGACGAUCUGGACCGUCCCUUUGGCCCUGCUGACAACUGCUGGUGAUAACGUCAACAUUGAUAAGUCUGUCGUCCUUGACACUAGGGAGAAGACACUCGCCAUUGACACCUCGAAGCCUUUCAAGCUCAACGCGGGGACUUAUGGUGUCUGCCGCGUGUUGUACUCUGAUGAAAGGUUCGCGGCGAUCGCUAAGGAGGCUGCUAAGGGUGAUGCUGUGUUCUCACUGAAUGACCGCAUUGGCCUUGUGCAUGAUAUCAUGGCAUUAUCCAAGGCUGGAUUUUGUAAAGUUAGCAGUGCGCUGAACAUCGUCGAUAUUUUACACGAUGAAAAGGAGUUCCUUGUGUGGGACAGUAUUGCUCGGAAUAUCACCACUCUUGUGUCAACUUGGUGGGAGCACGAGACUAUUGUCAAUGAUCUAGAUGCUUUCCGUCGUGCAUUGUUUGCGCCCAUUGUCAAACGCCUAGGCUAUGAAUACUCCCCUUCUGAGUCCGUGGACAUCUCUCAACUACGCACCCGCGCUGUUGGACAGGCGGCUGUCGCUGGGGACUCUGCUGUGGUGGAGGAGCUCAAGACCCGGUUUGCGGAAUACAUGAGAACGCAGGAUGAUUCGAGGAUACCUGCUGAUCUGUUUAGGACGACUAUCCUUACUGCUGUGAAGCACGGAGGUCGUGAAGAGUAUGAGUUUGCCAAGGCAUUAUACGAGAACCCAACUACGGCUCCAUCGAAGAGCAUCUCCGCUGUAAUGGCGAUGUGCGCCAGCCAGGACGAGGCCUGCAUCAAGGACACAUACACAUACAUCCUCUCAAAAGCGCGGACCCAAGACAUCGUAUAUUUCAUCAACGGCUUUCAGACGAACUACCGCACAAGACGCAGCUGUGCGCAGUUCUUCCAAGACAACUACGCGGAGCUUGCCAAACGGUACGAGGGGAACUUUUCGUUCAAGGAUAUUGUCUCGUCGAGCUUUGGCAAUUUGAGCAAGGAGGAAGACUACCAGCAGAUCGUAGACUUUUUCAAGGACAAGGAUACAUCCCGUUAUAACCUUGCACUGUCACAGACUCUAGAGUCGUUGCGUGCUUCGAGGGAGUGGAUCAAGCGAUCCACGACAGACAUUGCGGAGUGGCUUAGCGAAUGGAAAAAGGGAUCACUGAGAAGUUCACUGCCUCGGUAACGUGAGGAAUGACGGAGGACGCGUGAGAUAUGGUGGGCCCAGCGAGGAGCGAGGAUAGUUACGUAACUGGGUGGACUGUAGGGCGGCGUAAAAAGUCUGUACUGAAUCUUGUAGAACACGCGCCGACAACAUCAUCAGCGUCGACCGGCUUAAGCACUUUUUGCGGUGACU